AAAACUUAAAUACCCAAUUAGCGGCUUCGCCAAACAGGAAUCUAGUAGGAGAGACCAAACACUUCUCCCUUUCUUCCACUAGUCUCUCUCUCUCUCUCUCUCUCUCCCUUCCUUCACUCUUCUCUCUCUCUGUGUUUCUCUUCCAAACUCCGAUGGACUCUCUCACUCUCUUCUGUACUGGGGCCCUCCUAGCCGGUGGGCUCUACUGGUUCGUUUGCAUUCUCGGCCCAGCCGAGCAAAAGGGCAAGCGCGCCGUAGAUCUCUCCGGCGGCUCCAUCUCCGCCGAGAAAGUCCAAGACAACUAUGACAAGUACUGGUCUUUCUUCCGCCGCCCCAAAGAGAUCGAAACCGCCGAGAAGGUUCCCGACUUUGUCGACACCUUCUACAAUUUAGUCACCGAUAUCUACGAGUGGGGAUGGGGCCAGUCCUUCCACUUCUCCCCUUCCCUCCACGGCAAGUCCCACCGCGACGCCACGCGCCUCCACGAGGAGAUGGCCGUCGAUCUCAUCGACGUCAAACCCGGAGAUCGAAUUCUGGACGUCGGGUGCGGUGUUGGUGGUCCCAUGCGAGCCAUCGCAGCUCACUCGCGUGCAAAUGUGGUCGGGAUCACGAUCAACGAGUACCAGGUGAAACGAGCGCGUCUGCACAACAAGAAGGCUGGCCUCGACUCUCUAUGCGAGGUGGUGUGCGGGAAUUUCUUGGAGAUGCCGUUCCCUGAGAACAGCUUCGACGGCGCGUACUCGAUCGAGGCGACGUGCCACGCGCCGAAGCUGGAGGAGGUGUACGCCGAGAUCUUUAGAGUUUUGAAGCCGGGAUCUCUGUACGUGUCGUACGAGUGGGUGACGACAGACAAGUACAAGGGGGACGACGCGGAACACGUGGAGGUUAUUCAGGGGAUUGAGAGAGGGGACGCCUUGCCUGGCCUAAGGAGCUACGUGGACAUUGCGGAGACGGCGAGGAAGGUCGGCUUUGAGGUGGUGAAGGAGCGAGAUCGGCCUCAGCCGCCGGCGGAGCCGUGGUGGACCCGGUUGAAGAUGGGAAGGAUCGCCUACUGGCGCAACCACAUUCUGGUGACUGUGCUGGCGGCCAUCGGAGUUGCACCCAAGGGCACGGUGGAUGUGCACGAGAUGCUGUUCAAAACCGCUGACUAUUUGACCAGGGGCGGCGAGUCCGGAAUCUUCACUCCGAUGCACAUGAUCCUCUGCCGGAAGCCGGAAACACCAAAAUCUUCUUAGUUUCCUUGUACUCUGUGACGGUAUCGCCGGUCCACUCAACUUCCCCUUUUACCUUAGCCCCUUUUGUUGUAUUUUUUUUCUUCUUGUUACUUUGUUUUAAUUAUCCUUCUAA